CUCUGCAAUCUUGCAAGCGCCCUCUGCCGAGCGGCAUCUCGGGGUUUUGGGGUACCCGGGGGAAGAUGGCGACAUGGCCCCCGAGGCGAACUAACACCUUCUUUCCAGAAGUACCUCCGAAUUCCCACUGAUCACGCUGAAGGAAGUCGGUCGAGACUUUAAACCCAAGAAGAUAGGGGAGAGCGGGAUGCCCUCACAGUGGGAAGUGGUCUAGAACAGAACCUGCAAUAUCUCCCAGACUUUUUGUUAUGAUUGUUCUGUUUAAUCAAGAUGUCUAACAAAGCAGGGGCUUCCAAGAAAAGACCUCAACAGUUAAAAAAAAACCCAAAACGAAAAACUGAUGAUGAAGAAGUGGAGUUACCAGAGAGAAAGGUUAGAAACACAGCAAAAAAUAAAAAUCCAAAGCAUCUGCCUUCUGAAGUAACAGGACGAACAGAGAAUACUAAUCUAAAACGGGUAAAGGUAGCAUUCAACAAGAGAAAAACCUGGCAGCCUCUUUCAAAGAGGAGCAGAGAGCAUUUACAAGCUAUGAUGGAAUCAGUAAUAAUAACAAUUUUGAGUAACAAUAUUAGAGAACAUGAACAAGUUCAGUAUCAUCUUAACUAUCUAAAGAAAAGAUUGCUACAACUGUGUGAAAAUCUUAAAGUCCCUCCCAAAAAGCUGAAAGAUUUAACUAAUGUGUCAAGUCUACUGAAAAUGGAAAGGGCAGAGCACAGAGCUAAUGAAGAAGGUCUGGCAUUAUUGCAGGAGGAAAUAGAUAAAAUACUAGAGACCAUAGAGUCAAUGACUGGGAAUAUUCACAGCCUAAAGAACAAAAUUCAAAUUCUGACAAGUGAGGUGGAAGAAGAGGAAGAGAAAGUAAAACAGAUGUUUCAGAUAGAUAGUGGGGUACUCUGUCUUCCAGAACUUUCUCAGAAGAGUCUCAAAGCUCCCACACUUCAGAAAGAAAUUCUGACGUUAAUUCCAAACCAUAAUGCUCUUCUGAAGGACUUGGAUGUUCUCCAUAAUUCACCCCAGAUGAAGAAUAUGUUAACUUUCAUUGAAGAAGCCUAUAAGAGACUGGAUGCCUCUUAAUGAGGUUUUUUUUUUUUUUUAGACUGUUCCAUAUUAAUUUAAUGCCUAUGAAUUUAUAAAACUGUUACUUGUGAUGAUAUUGCAAAGGGUGAGUCUUCUUCAGGAUGUAUUUCCAAUACACACUUAAAAUUAGCCUUAUAGAUCUGUUAGCAUCUAAUGUCCUAAAAACUGUUUUGAGUAGUUGCCAAAACUGAGAACUCACAUUUCUGUUGCUGUAUCUCUGGUUAUUUGCCUGAAGCCAUGAAACAAGGAACAGUCACAAUCUAAUGAUUUACAGUGACUGAAUUGAACUCAUUUAUUGGCUAGUGCAGUGGAUAUGUGGUACUGUCAUAUAUAAAGUGUGUGUAGUAGCUGGUACAUAGAAACAUAAUUGUUUGCUAGCAUUAUUAUCCUUUAGCUCAUGACUUGCAUUUUCUGUGUGGUUAUCUGGAACUUGAGAAAUCCCCAAAUGCCUUAAUUCUUUUACAUAACCCCCUGGAUUUUUGUGGCAUAAUUAAGAUUUGCCAGGUGUCUUUGCCUUUGGAGGUAGCAUGACCAUAUUUCUUUGGUUGGUUAUUGACUAGAUGUUGAAUAUAUUCCACUAUUAUCAAAGCAUACUUUAUCUAAAAGAAACCUAAGCACAUUUAUCCCUUAAAAGAAAAA